AGGGCCCUGAAGCCAGGAACUCCUGCAACCUCGGUGCUCCUGUCCUCUAAACUGCCCAACCAGCACCACCAUGUGUGAAGAGGAGACCACUGCGCUCGUGUGUGACAAUGGCUCUGGCCUCUGCAAGGCUGGCUUUGCUGGUGAUGAUGCACCACGGGCAGUCUUCCCUUCCAUCGUGGGUCGCCCAAGACAUCAGGGUGUGAUGGUAGGAAUGGGCCAAAAAGACAGCUACGUGGGGGAUGAGGCCCAAAGCAAGAGGGGUAUCCUGACCCUCAAAUACCCCAUUGAGCAUGGCAUCAUCACCAACUGGGACGACAUGGAGAAGAUCUGGCACCACUCUUUCUACAAUGAGCUGCGGGUAGCACCAGAAGAACAUCCUACCCUGCUGACAGAGGCCCCUCUAAACCCUAAAGCAAACCGGGAGAAGAUGACCCAAAUCAUGUUUGAAACCUUCAACGUCCCUGCCAUGUAUGUCGCUAUCCAAGCUGUUCUGUCUCUCUAUGCCUCUGGACGCACCACUGGCAUUGUCCUGGACUCAGGGGAUGGAGUCACCCACAACGUGCCCAUCUAUGAAGGCUAUGCCCUGCCUCAUGCCAUCAUGCGUCUGGAUCUGGCUGGCAGGGAUCUCACCGACUACCUCAUGAAGAUCCUCACAGAAAGAGGCUACUCCUUUGUGACCACAGCUGAACGUGAAAUUGUAAGGGACAUCAAGGAGAAACUGUGCUAUGUGGCACUGGACUUUGAGAAUGAGAUGGCCACAGCUGCCACCUCUUCCUCCCUGGAGAAGAGCUAUGAGCUACCUGAUGGUCAGGUCAUCACCAUCGGCAAUGAACGCUUCCGCUGCCCAGAAACCCUCUUCCAACCCUCCUUCAUCGGUAUGGAGUCUGCAGGCAUUCAUGAAACAACUUACAAUUCCAUCAUGAAAUGUGACAUUGACAUCCGGAAGGACUUAUAUGCCAACAAUGUCCUCUCUGGUGGGACCACCAUGUACCCUGGGAUUGCAGACAGGAUGCAGAAGGAGAUCACAGCCCUGGCCCCCAGCACCAUGAAGAUCAAGAUCAUUGCUCCCCCUGAGCGCAAGUAUUCGGUUUGGAUUGGGGGUUCCAUCCUGGCUUCUCUCUCCACCUUCCAGCAGAUGUGGAUCAGCAAACCAGAGUAUGAUGAGGCUGGGCCUUCCAUUGUCCACAGGAAAUGUUUCUAAGGAUGGGGUCCAUUGGGCCUCCUUGGCGCUGCUCUUCCUCCUGCACCCUCUGCUCUGUUG